GGCGUUAGUGCGAGAUCCUCCACUAGGCGUUGAAGGCGCCCUGGAACAGAGCUAGCAGAAGGGUAGCUAAAGCAAACUAUUGUCAUUAACUCGUGACCGUAAGCCCGCCCCGUGACAUCGUAGUUCAAAACAAGGAUGCAUCUCGACUUUAGAAAUGGAAUAGUUCGCCACAAUCAAAGAUCACGUGGAUACGGAAAAGCUGUAGAAUCAGCAUAAUUGUCAAGUUCUUAUCUACUCAAAGAUGUUGUCACUUGUCCUGCUGAUCCUGUUUCAACCAGGAGAGGGAGGCACCUCACCUAUCUCCUGUUACAAUGAUCAAGGGGAAGCUGUUGACUGGUUCUAUCUCUACAAACUCCCCCAUGUUGAUCGUGAAUUUCCCAACGAUGGACAGAGUUAUCUACUGAUGGACAAAGGGAGCGAGGGAUGGACGGAUGGAGAAGUGUUGGUGAAUGACAGCACUGGAGCCCUGGGGAGGACAGUGGGCCAGCUGUAUGAGCAGGGGAAGAAUGAAGACAUUGCAUACAUCCUGUAUAAUGACCAGAGACCACCCGAGGAGGGAGGAAGAGGAUUUGGUUUCCUUAGUAGCCGAGGUGGCCACACAAAAGGUGUUGUCUUAUUGGACAAGACACAGGGCUACUGGUUGGUCCAUAGCACCCCUCAUUUCCCCCCUGUAAAGGAAAUGGGGCAAUAUUCCUACCCAGGUAGUGGUGUAAAGAACGGACAGAACUUCAUCUGUGUGACCUACCCACUGGAACGCUUUCAGGCCAUUGGAGAGCAGUUGCAGAUCAACCAGCCCAAUGUGUAUGACUGUGGUGUCCCUGCUUCCUUGGCCUCUCUGGUGCCCGCACUGGCUGACGUCUGUAACAACAGCCAAGGGCAGAUGGCCUAUAGCAACUUACCGCACACCCAACCCGCAUCCAAUCGCAGCGUGUCUCUCACCUCAUUGGGUGGAACCGAGUUCAUCAGCUUUGCCAAGGGGAGAUCAUUCAAUAAUGAACUGUACCACUCCUGGGUGGCUCCCUCCCUCCAGUCAGACCUCCUAGUCCAGUUCUGGAUCCGCUCCACUGGCAUCCUGCCCUCUGACUGCUCCCUGGGCUGGAAGGUCCUGGACAUCCAGCUUAUCUCCCCAGGCGGGAGGAUCACCUUCAAGGCCUCCAACGACCACUCCAAGUGGGCCGUGAGUACCACCGGGGGUGGGGUGGAUGGAGCUGCUGGCUGGGUGUGUGUGGGCGACAUCAACCGGAACGAGGCUGAGGAGAAGAGAGGGGGCGGGACGGUGUGUCUGCAGGACGCCACGGUGUGGAAGGCCUAUCGGACAGCGGCGCUGGAGUGUGAGAUGUGCGGGGGAGGGACUAGCGGGUGUGAUGUGGACGUAGAGGAUGCAAGGCACUACCAGGGAGAUAUGAAGCAGUAAGCAUCAGUGUAAAGUUACUAGUAUGCACACAGUAGGUACCCCAUAGAAUGUUGAUUAAUAACAUCUAAUUCACUCUUUUUAUGGCAGUUUUGGAGUUUUUCAUAAAUUGCCAUGAAUAGAAACAUAUUUGAAAGGGAAGUGGCACUCCUGUAAUAAUUCAACAAUGAGCACUUUGCUACAUUCUGUGUAGUUCUAUAAGUUUCUAAUGACUGUAGGAAAUGUUGAUUGUGAUCUCAGGUACAUUUUAUAUGCUUCUGUUUUCAACCUUUUUUUUUUUAUGUAGAAUUUGUAUUUUAUUUUUAUGAUCGUUAAAGUAUGUCUAAUGUUUUUUCUUUAUUUCUCUUUUACUUUUUAGUCAAAUGUUUGGUGACGUUUUCAGCUUUUAGCUUGAAACAGGCAAAGAUACUGUCUUCUGUCGCAAUAAAGAAAGGACUGUUGCGAGGUGCACAAAUA